GUUUACAUGAGAUUGACGUAUUUAAAUACCGUUCAGACUGCCACAACGUUAUACAUGCUAUUAGCUACUGUUCAAGGAUACUGCUCGUCAACUUAGCGAUGGAAUUCCUGUUUGACAUCAACGAAACGUUUACACUGGAAGGUCCUGACAAUUUUAAUACCAGCGAGUCUGUCUAUGGGACGUACGUUGAACGCCAAGUCUUGUCUGCGGUCGGAUUUGCCGCUUCCUUCGUAGGAUUCCUGGGAAACCUGGCAGUCAUUUUUGCAAUUCUGACGGUCAAAAAACUUCAGACUACAACCAAUGUAUUUGUCUUUAAUCUCUCAGUGGCUGAUGUACUGACGUGCGCCGUGGCUCCUCUGCAAGCCGUGAGCAUCUUGAACGACGAGCUAGUCAUACCGUCUUGGUUGUGCAAACUCGUUGCGUUUUGUAUCAUAACUUCCAUAGGCUGCAGUAUUAACACCCUGGCCUUAAUUGCUGUAAACCGAUUGGUCGGUAUCACGACUACGGAUAUGUACAGCAAACUGUACACGACUUUCAAGCUCUCUCUGAUGAUCUUCGUAUCAUGGGGCGUGCCCAUAGCCGUAGCAACUAUUCCACUGUUCUCAAAUUACGCCAAAUAUGGCUUCAACCCUAUCUACAAAUCCUGUACUUGGUCGUCCAACGAGUCCGAUGUUAUCACAUACGCAAAGCUCAUCGGUGUAAUGUAUUUCCCGCUCCAGUUUACCAUCCUCUUUGUCAGCUACUUGAAAAUCUACUUGUAUGUAAGAAGGAAAACUCAAUCCAUGCUGAGACUGGACAACUAUGGAGACAGCGAAGGCGCAGCACUUCAGACACUUCAAAGACAACUUUGGAAACGUCAGGUGACUGUUACCAAGAACUUGUUCACAGUGGUAUGCGUGUUCGUCCUCUGUAUGUGCCCGUUCUUUGCAACACUGGGACUACCAAGCAAUGUCGGCAAAAGCCUCCUGUCCUACGCAUCCUUGAUCCUUAUGAGCAACAGUGCAGUCAAUCCGAUCAUCUACGGAACUAAACACCCGGAUUUCAGGACGGCGUUUGCUCACAUCCUGGGUUACAGAAGAAAGAAGUAUACACCUCAGACGUUGAGGCCCAAAAGGGUGCAGAAUCGCACCAGUAUUGUAACUGUCUCUUUGAGCAUACCACUACAGCUUUUGUAGCCAACUUGUUUCCACU